UCAGCGCUAAUCCGCUACAUUGAGGCAUGCGCUCGUUUCACUGGUAGAAAGUCAGGUAUUAUUUGGCGCAAUAGUGGAUGGGCUGCAACGUUUUCAGCAACGUGGAUGCUCGGGCAUCUAAACCGUGAUGUAAAGUGGACAAUUUACGGAAGACAUCCACAAAAUGAAGACACUAGUGUGCCAUGGGGUUAUCGGCAUUAUCGUUAUUACCAUGGGUACCAUUCUUAUGGUUGUGUACAACAACAGCUUCACCGACACGUCAGAGUUUCACUCAGAGAAGCCCGGGAAGGCGCAGCCUAAACCACCAAGAGCCCUAUCAUCAACUCUAGAGGGCUACACUGAACUCAUCAAUCAACAGCCUCUGAGGAUGCACUGUAACUGCUGUGCCCUGGUGUCCAGCUCGGGCCACCUUACUGGCAGCAACCGAGGAGACGAAAUUGACCGCACCGAAUGCGUCAUCCGCAUGAACAAUGCCCCGAACGGAAACCAUUUCAAACAGGAUGUGGGCCGGCGCACUAGCCUGCGCGUCAUCGCCCACUCCAGCCUGCAGAGGGUGCUGCAGAGACGGCAGGAGCUGCUCAACACCAACCAGGACUCUGUCUUCCUCUUCUGGGGACCCACCAGCUCCAUGCGGCGCGACGGCAAGGGCAGGGUCUUCAACAACCUGCGUCUAAUCAACCAGCUGCUUCCCAAGCUCAAGAUCUACGUCAUCUCCCCCCUCAAGAUGCUGGAGUUUGACGAGCUCUUCAAAAAUGAAACGGGAAAAGACAGGAAGACCUCUAAAUCGUGGCUGACCACUGGCUGGUUCACCAUGGCCAUUGCCCUGGAACUGUGUGACAGGGUCAAUGUCUAUGGCAUGGUGGCUCCGGACUUCUGCAGUACUCCCUCUCAUCUCUCGGUGCCGUAUCAUUACUAUGAGCCCUCUGGCCCAGACGAGUGCUCCCUGUAUCUCUCCCACGAGCACAACCAGAGCGGCGGCCACCACAGCUUCAUCACGGAGAAAACGGUGUUCGCCAACUGGGCCCAGAAGUAUGACAUCCACUUCUACCAGCCAGACUGGAGCCCGUCCUCCACUCUCAAUGGAAGCAGCUCACACACACCUGCUACAGCUGUCUCCUGAUACCAGAUAAACAGUCAGACAGACAGACAGAACGGUCCACAGGACCAGUGGCGACCCGUCAUUCAGGGCAGGUGGGGAAGAGCACCACCUGUUUUGAGCCCCACCUGUUUAGCAAAAAAAGGAUUAUGCAUUUUUUCCUCCCCCUGUUUGCAUGUUGUUUUGGCAUUAAUAUGUGUCACAUGUCAGUUUCUAAACAAUGUAAAAAAAUAAAAUAUAAUUGAG